CCUCCGCGGCGCUUCCUAGUUCGGCUGGUUCUUCUGUCGCCGGCUUCAGCAGCCUGCUCCCGGGCAGGGGCCUGGAGCAGUAUCUAGCACAUAGUAGACACUCAGUAAAUAUUUGCUGGAUUUUCUUCGUAUACAUCAACCAAAACAAUAUACUGCAGUGGGUUGAGUGCAGAAGCAGAUAUAAGAAUUUGGCCCUCUUCUAUUAAGUUAAAUAUUGAAGAGAUUAACAAAACCUUAAAACAAUGUUACUCUUCUGUUUUUGAGGAAAAGGAAUAGAAGAUGAACAAACCCAUAACACCAUCAACAUAUGUGCGCUGCCUCAAUGUUGGACUGAUUAGGAAGCUGUCAGAUUUUAUUGAUCCUCAAGAAGGAUGGAAGAAGUUAGCUGUAGCUAUUAAGAAACCAUCUGGUGAUGAUAGAUACAAUCAGUUUCACAUAAGGAGAUUUGAAGCAUUACUUCAAACUGGAAAAAGUCCCACUUCUGAAUUACUGUUUGACUGGGGCACCACAAAUUGCACAGUUGGUGAUCUUGUGGAUCUUUUGAUCCAAAAUGAAUUUUUUGCUCCUGCGAGUCUUUUGCUCCCAGAUGCUGUUCCCAAAACUGCUAAUACACUACCUUCUAAAGAAGCUGUAACAGUUCAACAAAAACAGAUGCCUUUCUAUGACAAAGACAGGACAUUGAUGACACCUCUGCAGAAUCUUGAACAAAGCUAUAUGCCACCUGACUCCUCAAGUCCAGAAAAUAAAAGUUUAGAAGUUAGUGAUACACGUUUUCACAGUUUUUCAUUUUAUGAAUUGAAGAAUGUCACAAAUAACUUUGAUGAACGACCCAUUUCUGUUGGUGGUAAUAAAAUGGGAGAGGGAGGAUUUGGAGUUGUAUAUAAAGGCUACGUAAAUAACGCAACUGUGGCAGUAAAGAAGCUUGCAGCAAUGGUUGACAUUACUACUGAAGAACUGAAACAGCAGUUUGAUCAAGAAAUAAAAGUAAUGGCAAAGUGUCAACAUGAAAACUUAGUAGAACUACUUGGUUUCUCAAGUGAUGGAGAUGACCUCUGCUUAGUAUAUGUUUACAUGCCUAAUGGUUCAUUACUAGACAGACUCUCUUGCUUGGAUGGUACUCCACCACUUUCUUGGCACAUGAGAUGCAAAAUUGCUCAGGGUGCAGCUAAUGGCAUCAAUUUUCUACAUGAAAAUCAUCAUAUUCAUAGAGAUAUUAAAAGUGCAAAUAUCUUACUAGAUGAAGCUUUUACUGCUAAAAUAUCUGACUUUGGCCUUGCACGGGCUUCUGAGAAGUUUGCCCAGACAGUCAUGACUAGCAGAAUUGUGGGAACAACAGCUUAUAUGGCACCUGAAGCUUUGCGAGGAGAAAUAACACCCAAAUCUGACAUUUACAGCUUUGGUGUGGUUUUACUAGAAAUAAUAACUGGACUUCCAGCCGUGGAUGAACACCGUGAACCUCAGUUAUUGCUAGAUAUUAAAGAAGAAAUUGAAGAUGAAGAAAAGACAAUUGAAGAUUAUAUUGAUAAAAAGAUGAAUGAUGCUGAUUCCACUUCAGUUGAAGCUAUGUACUCUGUUGCUAGUCAAUGUCUGCAUGAAAAGAAAAAUAAGAGACCAGACAUUAAGAAGGUUCAACAGCUGCUGCAAGAGAUGACAGAUUCUUAA